UACUAAUACUAAAUUGUCACUGCCCAUCAUGAAUACCAUUAUGAAUGCCAGAGCCAUUAUCCACAAUUCAUAUUACUGGCUAGAGCGUCACGCCAGAUUGAUUUCCCGUGCCACCUCCUCCCGCCCAUCGGUGGAGGAAAGUCAAUAUGCCCAGAUUGAGAAGCUCUGCAAGGACAAACAACAAUUUUUCAAUGUCAUAGAUUUCUUCGGUAUUCGUCCCGGCAGAUACGAAGACCAUACGCAGUGGGCUCUCGCUGAGGAUGAAAUAUACGAAAUACCUACCUUUCUUGAACCAAUGCUAGAUGAUUUUGAUACUUCGUUUAACUUCAAGAAUAUGUUGAUUCCGUCGCAGGUCAGCAUGAUCAUCACUCUUGCAAUCAACCACGCGAAGAAGCGCGAGGCCCGCAGAGUCGCCGCACCUCUUCCAGAAGACGAAGACUACCGGCCCUAUAACGAUCCCUUGACCCAGAUACAAAUUAAACGUGGCCAGAUAGUCCGCACGUGCUUUCGCUGCAGAGAUAAAAAGUACAGAAUGAGUGGCAUAAUGGACUAUGUGCUCUGGUACGGAGACAGGGAAGAGCUUGAAAUGAAUUUGAUAAUUUUCCACGCGCCAACUCAGGGAGAUAUUGAUCUUCCAAUAUUGUUUUCUUAUAUGGGUGCAAUCCACGGUGCUCGCAAGAGAGCAGGGAGGAAUUCUGCCCUCUAUGGAAUUUAUUCUGAUAAAUCUGACUGGGCUUUUGUGUACUUGGAUAAAUAUGGUCGCUAUACGGUCCGAGUAUUGAACUGGACAACAUCAAAGCGGGAGAUAUACACAUAUAUAACUCGCAUCGUGGAGGGCGCCAUUCAUAUUAUGCAGACUAAUUAUGGAUCCCACUGGGAGGAAGACAAAACUGCAAGUGAAAUUGCUUGCUGUUUUAUCGAUGAUGCCGACUGGGGUGAUAAGUCAUUACAUGCGACAAUUAAACCUUCGGUGUUAACAGGUAAGAGAGAAUAGGAGAAGUUUGGCACAUUUAAGCGUUGUCCAGUCAGAAACAUCAUGAGGAUUUCCAUGGUGGUGUUCUCUGUAGUCUUUCAAGUUACAGCUUUCUAGUGAGAGACUUAUAAUCCAUUUUGGAGUGUCUCUGAAGUUUUGUUUUCAGGCAGAGAAGAAAGCCGUAGUCGACACGGAAACGUCUUGGUGACCCAAUAUAACCAAGGUUACCAUGGCUCGAAGGGAAAUAGUGCGUAUAUACUUCUUGCCAUGUACCAGCUGCUGUACCUUGAUGGUUAAGUAUCACAAUAACUGAAUAACAUUCCUUUCAAAUUACGGCAAUACCCUAGCCUCAAU